GGACAGGAAUAUCUAUGUUCCUACGUUCCAUUCUGAUUCCCAUACGCCUGGUACCAAACCCACAUUCUCAGCUAUCCGAUCCUCAGGAGUAGCAAAGAAGGAGGUCACGAGCUAUAUCUAUAGUGAGUAAAUUUACGUGACUUUCCUAUCCUUUGCGGGGUUUAGCGUUGCGUCUUUGCCCACCGGACCUAGGGAAUGCUCCAAUCAAAGUCCUUUGUUCGCUAGAUCCUAUCUAUUUAAGCUCUGCUUCAGUUAGCUUCCAGCAUACCAAUCAUGACCACUGACUCUACACCCCUCCAACUACCCACCCUAGAUAGGCUCGGUAUAACCGAGCCUUUGGAAGAUGUUUCUGCUGCAGAUAUCGGCAAAGCCUGGUUCAGCGAGUUCUCAAAGGCAAUCUUGUCGAAUGAUACCGCCUUGGCCUCUGAUCUCUUUCUUGAUGGCGGAUUCUGGAAGGAUAUUCUGGCCUUUACUUGGGACUUUCGAACAUUUCAUGGAAAGCCAAAAAUAAAGCACCUUUUAGAUGUUCGCUUAGGCGAAAUCGGUGUAUCUGCUUUGACUCUCUCUGAGGAACCCUUCCGUGCGCCUGCACUUCAGAGACCGUAUCCUGAUUUAGCGUUGUUGCGUCUGUGUUUUGAUUUUACGACGAAAUAUGGCAAGGCAUCAGCAGUGCUUAAUCUAGUCCCUCUCCCUGGUUUGAUAUGGAAAGCCUAUACGCUUUUCACUUGUCUAGACUCUUUGCAUGAUUUCCCCGAACAAGUUGGGCCAUUACGAGACCAUGUAGCCGAUCAUGGUACAUGGAAGGAUAGGCUCAAUCAAAAGAUCGAUUUCGUCGAUACCACUCCAACAGUCGUUGUGAUUGGAGCUGGGCACGUCGGUUUAGAGGUCGCUGCUCGCCUUCAGUAUAUGGGCGUGCCCACGCUAGUCGUUGACCGUAAGCCUCGUAUCGGCGACAACUGGAGGGAUCGUUACAGGACUCUUUGUUUGCAUGACCCAGUUUGGUAUUGCCAUACUCCAUACUUGAAGUUUCCGACAUCCUGGCCUGUUUACACUCCUUCCCUAAAGCUUGCAGAUUGGCUCGAAAGCUACGCCAAUUUUCUGGAGUUGAAUGUUUGGACGUCCUCGACAGUCCAAAGUGCCUCUUGGAACAAGCAGGAAAAGACAUGGACGGUAGAAAUCAGUCGUAAGGGCAAGGCUAAUAGAACAUUUACGAUUAAGCAUCUCGUUUUUGCCACUGGCUUCGGAGGAGGCAUCCCUAUUACUCCCGAAAUUCCAGGAAAAGAGCAUUACAAGGGGACUGCUGUACAUUCUUCUGGAUUCACAUCGGCCGCUGAUUAUGUCGGGAAGAAAGCAAUCGUAGUAGGUGCUUGUAACUCAGGCCAUGAUCUAGCUCAGGAUUUUUGUAAUCAUGGCGUAGAUAUCACUAUGUACCAGAGGUCGUCUACUUUCGUCGUAUCUGUUAAGGCUGUGGGCAAGGGAAUCCUUGGAGCAUACUACAAGGAAGGCUUCCCGGUUGAUACCGCUGAUCAUCUGAGCAGCGCAUUCCCAAAUGCUGUAGUCAAGCUCCUGCACCAGCGUAUGGUGCCAUCUGUAGCGAAUACGACGGACAAGGACAUCUUGGAAGGUCUCGCGAAAGUGGGCUUCAAAACUAACCUCGGUCCGGAUGGAGCAGGGGUGACACAGCUUCUCUUCCAGAGGGCGGGCGGAUAUUACUUGGACACUGGCACGAGCCAGCACAUCAUUGAUGGACAUAUCAAGAUCAAGAACGGGAGCUCCAUUGAGAAUUUUACUGAACAUGGGCUACGUUUUGCAGACGGCACAGAGCUGCAGGCAGACGUCAUCGUCUUUGCUACUGGGUUUGGCGAUCCGCGUGAUGUCGUGCGAGAUAUCUGCGGCUCCGAAGUUGCGUCCCAGAUCACCCAAGUAUGGGGCUUUGACGAGGAAGGUCAAGUGCCAGGUGUUUGGAGGCAGUGUGGACAUGACGGAAUAUGGUUUGGGAUCGGUAAUUUUGCGCUCUCGCGUUUCCACAGUACUCACCUUGCGUUACAAAUCAAGGCUAUCGAGGAAGGCCUUCUAAAUAGGUCCAAAAUUGGAUUAUGAAUUUAGAGAAUUGUUGGCCGUCGACUUCCCAUCCCAGACUCCCUCCCAGUUUUGUUGGUUACAUUGUCUGUAUCAAGCGUAUCUGCCUUCCACCCACAAGUUUACCCGUCCUUUUUUUGUUGCUACUAGAGUCGUUAGACCAUUUGAAUGAAACAUGUGACCUUAAACAU